UUGUUGUUGUUGUUUUGUUUGUUUGUUUUCACCAUUGUUCAUGCUUUGGAUAAGUUAAUGUGUCACAUUAUGUUUUGCAACAUAUAAAAUAGUCCUUUUACAAUUCAACAAAUCUCAGAAUUCCACAAUUUUCAACAUAAAAUAUCACUUGAUAGCAUUAUAUUACCCUUUAGUAAAGAAAUCUAAAUCCCCUAAGAAAAGUCACUUGUUACAGGAAAUUUCUAUAUGUGCUAAAACUAGUAUUUCCUAAUCUUACAGCACUGUAUUUUUAACCAAUAAUGGAUUUUCAAUCGUCACAAAAAUUGGGGCAACAGUAUUUCUCUAAUACAGCCUUUAAUUUUAAUCUGGCUAUUCUAAUAGUGUCGCAAGGUGUCCCUGGAAUCUGACCUUACGGUAAUGAGGUCACUAUUAUUCUUGAAUUGUUUUCUUCUUCACUUAUGUAUUGUUUACACUUUCCCAACCAUUACUACAGUGUCAAACAUUGUGUCACUGUAAAACCCUGUUAUUCUGUCACGAAAUACUUAUUUAAGCUCUAAGGGAAGUGGAGCGAGAUUUUACAUUGUUCCACUUCAAAUGAGCAGUAUCCCUCACCCUGCACCCCACCCGGUGUCACUGUACUAGCAAUGUCAUCAGCACAUGACACACACUCUUGAUCAAGACCUUCAGGGCAGUUCCAUUCAGCACUGUGCCUGACACUACUCAGCUGCAGAGACGAACAACCCAAGACUAACCCAGGCAGAACUCAGUCAGGUUAAGGAGUCACAAAGACGACGAGUGAAACCUGAGAGCUUUAAUACAUCCAUUUCAGUAACUGAGCAGGAAAUGGCCCAUGCAGAAUUCAAUCUUCAAGUUGCUUCUCAGGAGCUUCAAAGGACUGACAAGAACUAUCUCUGCAAAGGGAGGUACAUUGCUGAGGUUCUGGGAAUCGUCUGCCUUGUCUUGAUGUCCACUGUGGUAAAGAUAAACGUUAUUCCCUAUUACUUUAAUGUUGAAGCUACUGAAGGACCAGAGCAGAACAAAACGUCCCUGGAAACAAAGAUCCAGAAAGCGUGUGUCUGUUGUCAUUGUCUGAAAGAGUGGUUUACGUAUUCCAACAAUUGCUAUUACAUUAGCACUGAGGGAAAAUCGUGGAAUGAGAGUUUGACGUCCUGUGCUUCUAAGAACUCUAACCUGCUCUACUAUGAUGAUGAAGAGGACAAGGUAAGUUUUCAGAUGUUUGCAGAUUCUAUUAAAAGCUUGUGAGUAACUAUUAUGCUUGUAGAGUUCAUCCACAGCGACAUAUGUAUUUGUAGUUUAUUUAUUUUAAAGUCUUUAAUACUCCACAUGUUGACUGUAUGACACAUUAUUUAUAUUCUUAUACUUUGAAUGUACAUUUGAUA